AUGACUGAAGAUUACGACAUCGAGGCCUUGAUUGGUAGUACGGCCUCGGAUAAAACCGCAGCUCUCCCGGAUUGUAUCCUUGCCCCAUACACAUAUCUUGAAUCAAUCCCUUCAAAUAACAAAAAUGUCCGAUCAACAUUUCUCCAAGCCUUCAAUGAAUUGUAUUAUCAUAUUACAAACCAAGAAUUAAUUUCAUCUAUUGAUGAAGUCAUAUCCAUCUUCCACAAUGCAUCUCUUCUUAUCGAUGAUAUAGAGGAUAGCUCUAAUUUCCGUCGUGGAUUACCCACUGCACACACGCAAUUUGGUACGCCACUCACCAUCAAUAGUGGUAAUUUGAUGUACUUUGUGGCGCUUCAAAAGGCUACCCAACUCCCUCAAUUGUACAAAUCUCAUAUAGACCCUCAACUUUCAGAGAAGGUGUCUGGGAUCUUGGUGGAUGAAAUGCUUAACUUGCAUCAUGGCCAAGGUUUGGACAUCUAUUGGAGAGAUGCAAAGGAGUCGGUGACAUCUCCACCAACCAUUGAACAAUACCUCCAGAUGAUCAUGAACAAGACCGGUGGGCUUUUCCGUCUUUCGGUUCGUCUUCUAGAAUGCUUUGACGAGUCAACCCCAGCCGCCACCACCACAAAUACCCCUCUUGCAAACCUCCUUGGGAUCAUAUAUCAAAUUAGAGAUGAUUACUUAAAUUUGGUAGAUCCAAAUUACUCUCAUAUGAAAGGGUAUACUGGUGAGGACCUUAUAGAAGGGAAACUUUCACUCCCUAUCCUUCAUUGUCUUUUAAACUCUCAAGAUUCUCCAAUAAAACAUGUUCUCUUGAUGAAAGAUAGGGAAGUACUUAAAUCAAAUGGUGAACUCGUGGCAAGAUGUAUCUCUUACAUGGAGACAGAAACGAAAUCCUUACAAUUCACUCACUCUUUGCUUAAGCAAUAUCAACAAAGGGCACAAGAUAUCAUUCUUCAAAACGCCCUGGAAGAUUGUCUACUUCUACAAGUGGUCAAUAAGUUAUGUAACGUAUAA